CGACAAAAUACAGCGAAUGCGAUUGGCCAAUCCGCUGCCAGUGAACCCGCCUCCUUCAUUCACUUCCGUCUCUGUGUCAACUGCGUUAGCGUCCCAGCACGCAGAGGUUCAAUGUGAACCAGGCGCUGGAACACAUCACGUUCAAACAAGCACAGCUUGGAACUGGAGCGGGAUCCAUUCAGUCAGGAACAUCAGUCAAGCAUCCAGCGAGGGAUCAUGUUCUAGUGGCUUGUGCUGGCUGUCCGUCAAUACAAUGAACAAUGAAGACGAGUUCUAUGAUGCCGUCACAGGCUUGGAUUCGGACGAGUCAUGUGAGGGCACUUCAGAAGCCAGCUUUAAAGAUGCCGUAGUGGAUGCUGGUGCGGAGAAACACAAUGUCCCUGUACAAGAGAAUGGAAUCAAGAAACGCAGGACAACCCUUCCUGCCCCCAUGUUCUCCAGAAAUAACUUCAGCAUAUGGAGCAUCCUGAAGAAAUGUAUAGGACUGGAGCUGUCUAAGAUCACCAUGCCCAUUGUGUUUAAUGAGCCACUAAGCUUUCUGCAAAGAAUCAGUGAGUACAUGGAGCACACGUACCUCAUCUCCAAAGCCUGUGCAGAGUCUGACUCCAUUGAGAGAAUGCAGGCUGUAGCUGCCUUUGCGGUGUCCGCUGUGGCCUCUCAGUGGGACAGGACUGGAAAGCCGUUUAACCCUCUCUUAGGGGAAACCUAUGAACUUUUACGAGAGGAUCAGGGCUUCAGGUUGAUCUCUGAACAGGUUAGUCAUCACCCACCAAUCAGUGCAUUCCAUGCUGAGGGCCUAGCAGGCCACUUCCUGUUCCAUGGCUCUAUAUACCCAAAGCUCAAGUUCUGGGGCAAGAGUGUGGAAGCAGAACCAAAAGGAACCAUCACGUUAGAGCUCCUCAAACACAAAGAGGCAUACACAUGGACAAACCCUUUUUGCUGUGUACACAAUGUCAUUGUGGGCAAACUGUGGAUUGAGCAAUACGGCACUGUAGAAAUAAUGAAUCACAGUACUGGAGAUAAGUGUGUGCUGAACUUCAAACCCUGUGGGAUGUUUGGUAAAGAGCUGCACAGAGUGGAGGGAUACAUCCAGGAUAAAAGUAAGAGGAAGCGCUGUGUGAUCUAUGGGAAAUGGACAGAAUGCAUAUGGAGUGUAGACCCACAGGCGUACGAUUCUCAUCGCAAGAACGAUAAAAAAGGAGCAUCAGACACCAAGAAACACAAAUCGGAAGAAACAGAUGUUGCAGAAAAUGAUGAAGCAGAUGACAUGCCGGAGAUACAGGAGACUGUAGCUGUGGUCCCUGGUAGCACUCUACUCUGGAGAGUGUGUCCUAGACCAUCUCACUCAACAGAGAUGUAUAACUUUACUAACUUUGCUAUCACACUGAAUGAAUUGGAGUCAGGAAUGGAGAGCAUUUUACCCCAGACAGACUGCCGGCUACGACCUGAUAUACGAGCCAUGGAGAAUGGAGACAUGGAUGAAGCCAGCAGGGAGAAGGAAAGGCUGGAGGAGAAGCAAAGAGCAGCUCGUAAAGAAAGGGCAAAGGAAAACGAGGAAUGGUGUACUAGAUGGUUUGAGCUGGGAACAAACCCACACACAGGAUCACAGGACUGGCUCUACACUGGAGGUUACUUCGAUAGGAACUACACAGACUGUCCUGAUAUUUACUAACGAGGGACUAGCACUCACUCCUCUUCCUUCUUUUUCCCACCACCACAUGCAUCCAGCAUCACAUCAUAUCCAACAUUUUCUGCUGAUGCAGCAUUAGCUGGUUUUCCUUCAUUCAACCAAAUAUAUUCAUCACACUGCUUACUCUAUUUACUGAAACGUAACUUGGUGUGUUUUGAAAUCAGGGAUUUGAGCUCUCAUUCAGAGUUAAGCCUUUCUGAUGGAUGAAAGGGGAUGACGUGAUCACACAACUCAGAGGGUUUUUUUUUUUUUCUUUCUCCCUUUUUCCUCUCGGUAAGGGUUUUUCCUUUGAAAGCACUGAUGAUGAUCAUAUAGAACAUAAGGAAAGUGAAGAAGAAAAGAAGAGCGACUGAUGAUCAGAGCCUUAUUUUCUGCCUUAGAACUCCCAUAAAUUCUCCCAUUACAUCUGUGUGUCAUGCUUCAUUACAGUUUAUUGCUCCAUGACCAAACCUACAGCUCGAUAUGUAUACUAAUCACAUACCGUCAUACGGAUCCGAUUUUCUAAUGGUCGUAGUCUAUCCUCAAAUGUGUGUAAAAUAACAGAGGACACAUUUUUGACAUUUGAGAGCACUGAUAUGUUACAUACUUAUUUGACCAACUGAACACUGUUAAAUAGAGUGAAGUGAAAUGAGUCAUCAUAAAAACAAACUAUAAUAUUAAUAAUAAUAAUGAACUGCUCAAUGUGUGUGUUCAUAUACUAUAUUUCAGUUUAUUUGAAGGCCAACUUUCCUCCCAUGGAUGUACAAUAUAAUGUGAUGGUUUUUAGUUCUAAUGUAAGAAGAUUUUUCUAGAGCAGUUAUUCACAUUAAAGUUCACAUUUUAAAAGCUGCAACUAUAAAAAUGUAUUUUUAAUGAUUCCUGAGAAAUUGUUCUCUGAGUAUCAUGUUACGUGACCAUUUGUGUUGUGAUGCUCUGACAAGAUUAGAAUUGGAAAACAUGAAUAAUAAGCAUGCAUUCAGCAUCAACACUAAAUGCUUAAUAGCAUUCAUGUUGUGUUUUUCUUUAAGCAUGUUGCACGUAUCCCAUUUGUCCUGUUCUAUACAUAGGUUUAAGCACAUCUCGUUUCAGUUUCAUGCCACGUCUCAUCAUUAUUCCUAAACCUUGAGGAAACUCGCACCUCUUGUAAGAGCAGUCAAAAUCUAUGCAACUCAUCACAAACCCCUGCAUAUUUUCUCGUAUUUAGUCUGAAGCUAAAUAAAUAGUCCAUAGUUUAGUCUUACUGGUGACAAAUGUCUACAGACAGUUUAUAGGAUUGUAAAUAUCACAGCAAAUUAUUCUCAGCUAUUUUUCCUCUUUUCUUCAGUGCCCACGGUAAAAUCGUAUUCCCUUUUCCCUUUAUCACUGAACUCUAGUUAUGAUCCGUGCACUAGUGUGCUGCACAGUGAUGCUAGAAUUUCAUGUGUUUUUAUUUAAACUACCAAACGUUAUUUUCCUCCUUCAGUGCCUGAGUUUGUAUCACUGAUACUUGACUUUUUUUUUAUUAUUGUUUCUUAAUCAUUGUCAUGGGUGUUUUUAAGAUUUCUUCACAAGUUUGCUUGCUUUGUUGGUUUGUUUUGUCUUGUUUGCUUAACCAGAUUUCACACUUCCUCUGUGAUUAACACUUAAAUGUCAGUGAGAAUGUUGGCAGAUUUUCACACGCUGUAUGAUGUACACAUGCACAGUGCAUUACACUACUUGAUUGCCUCUAUUAAAUAAGUUGCUACUCCAUUAAGUGUACAUUUGUCUAUAUGAAAACUAGCAAUAUAAAACGUAUACAGAGUUUCUUUGGCUUUGUGUGGAUUCAUUUUGUAAGUUCAGUGUUUUGCUAGUACACUUCACUGUACGUCAUAUUUCUGUAUAAAGGUUUGCACAUUCAUGGUAAUCACAAACAUAACAUUAUUUUGUGUAAUGAUUUAUUUUUAUAGUAUUUAAAUACUUUAUUGGUGAGAAAUUAUUAAAACACUUCAUUUUA